AGCGGAGGAUCCCUGUGUCCCAGCCGGGUAUGGCCGACCCCCACCAGCUUUUCGAUGACACAAGUUCAGCCCAGAACCGGGGCUAUGGGGCCCAGCGGGCACCAGGCAGCCUGGGCUACCCUGCAGCCUCCACCUUACCCCAGGCAGCCUUCCUGGCUGAUCCCAUGUCCAACAUGGCCAUGGCCUAUGGGAGCAGCCUGGCCGCGCAGGGCAAGGAGCUGGUAGAUAAGAAUAUUGACCGCUUCAUCCCCGUCACCAAGCUCAAGUAUUACUUUGCCGUGGACACCCUGUAUGUGGGCAAAAAGCUGGGCCUGCUCUUCUUCCCCUACCUGCACCAGGACUGGGAGGUGCAGUACCAGCAGGACACACCAGUGGCCCCCCGCUUUGACGUCAAUGCUCCGGACCUCUACAUUCCAGCAAUGGCUUUCAUCACCUACGUCUUGGUGGCUGGCCUUGCAUUGGGGACCCAGGAUAGGUUCUCCCCAGACCUCCUGGGGCUGCAGGCGAGCUCAGCAUUGGCCUGGCUGACACUGGAGGUGCUGGCCAUCCUGCUCAGCCUCUACCUGGUCACUGUCAACACAGACCUCACCACUAUUGACCUGGUGGCCUUCUUGGGCUACAAAUAUGUUGGGAUGAUUGGUGGGAUCCUCAUGGGCCUGCUCUUUGGAAAGAUUGGCUACUACGUGGUGCUGGGCUGGUGCUGUGUGUCCAUCUUUGUGUUCAUGAUCCGGACGCUGAGGCUGAAGAUCCUGGCAGAGGCUGCAGCUGAAGGGGUCCCAGUGCGCGGGGCCCGGAACCAGCUGCGCAUGUACCUGACGAUGGCCGUGGCGGCGACGCAGCCUCUGCUCAUGUACUGGCUCACCUUCCACCUGGUGCGGUGAGGCUGGCCCGGCCCAGGCCUCCAGCUGCCUCUCCUGGUGGCCUCCGCGCGCGCUGCCGCCAGACUCAUCUCACUCCGUCUCACGGCCGGCCGCUGGCCCCGGGUCCAGGCGCCGCCCCGAUCCUGAGACACCCCACCCCCACCCCAGAGAGAUCUUGAGCUGCACAGGCCGCCGCGCCCCGCCCCGCUGCGGCCGCUGUUAACAGAAACAAUAAACCCUGAUGGGCACGGCG